CUUACUCUCAUCUUCUUGCUUAGGCGGGCAUUGUGCUCGCGCCCACAUAUACAGCUCAGCUAAUAUCUUGAUAGACUCUUGCGACCCCUUAUCCUUCAGUUCCUUAUAAUCUCCAAUUUCUUGAAUAACGAAGAUGACCUCUCAACGAAAGGGUUUCCAGCCCCACUGUGACUCGGAUACGAAGAUAAUGAACACGAAUACGAUCAAGAUUGCCAACGUAUCAAACCAUGUGAAUCGAGCAGAGGUUGUCGCCUUGUUCGGCACGCUCAUCGGCGAUGUCCGCAACACCUCUGAAUUCAGAGAUGCGAUCGGUACACAUAUCGAGAUCACGUUCAAUACUCAUGAUGCGGCCAAGAAAGCAUUGUGCAUGUCCGGUUAUACCAUUGGUGGCUGCUCCCUCGUUGUGACGCCUGUCUUCAAAGAAGAUGAUAUUUCGCCCAAGCUUCCUGACAGCCGUCGUAAUCUAUACGUUCUUGGGAUUCCUUUUGACCUCACUAAGAGCGAGUUUGCGGCCAUCUUUUCUCGCUUUGGCAAGGUUGCCCAUUCCGUCAUCCUAGCCACCGUUGACAACGCUUCGCGCCGUCGAGGAUUUGUGGUCAUGGCCUCGCACGAAGAUGCAAAAUGUGCGAUGAGGGGCCUUACGCACACGCAAAUCAAGGGUCAUACGAUUGAUGUAUCAUGGUCUAUCGUUCAGCGUUCUGAGGGCUUUCUUGACGGGGGUGAUCGUGCUACGGUCUUUGACUCGUAUUCUAACUCUGGCCCAGAAAUAACUCAAGAAAAUGAUGCUGUGUUCCCAUCUGCCGACUCUUCCGAAACUGUUGCCUCCUUGCCUCAAGAGAAAUCCUUUUCGUUGACGUUCACUCCGACCAAUCACCUUCUUGUAACCAACCUUCCCUUUAUCUUAUUCGCCAAUACUUCGGAUUUGGAACCAUUGCUGUUUCCUUUUGGGCCCAUCAAGAAACUUGAAAUGAUUGCCUUAGUUAGCCCUCAAGAAACUUCUUCUGCUAUUGUGGAAUACGACGCGCUUGAAAGUGCGACAGAUGCGAAGGAAUCACUUCAAGGACAGUGCUAUGCCCAGUACCGAAUCAAUGCUGAAUACAUUGUAUUACCCGAUGCUUCUCCCAUCCCACCCGUUCCGGCCUUUUCUGAGUUUGACGACUUUGAGAUCAAGUUCGACCGCACUUUGGCACGGAACAGUUUCUUUUCCAACUCAGCUCCACCGUCUCGCACUCAAUCUCGUAACCAUUCGAGUGCCUUUCAACACAAACGACCUUUGCAAGAUAUCAGCAACUCUUCCAACUAUCUUCAACAUUUCGCGCCACCCUCCGCUCUGUAUGCUCCAAAAUCAGGACCCUUGCCUCGGUCGAACUCUUCCAACUCCAGGUGGAACAACGAUCCUACUCAAUGCUACUCUUCUCGUAUCCAAUAUCCCUAUCCGAGCCAAAUGCAAACGAAUGGAUACAAGGCUCAAGAUCGUGUUGUGUAUACUCCAGUUCACAACUGACCAUUAGACAAGCUGCAAUCCCUCGUUCUCGUUGACAAGCUCUCUCCUUGGUACCUCAUACAUCAGUAAUUCCACUUUCGUGGCUUUUUCGUUUUUCUGUAGUUUUCUUUGUUCCAGUAUAGUUAUAGUUUGACUUUCAAGCUUUUCGUCAAACCAGGGAUUCGGUCACAUGUAUGUAUUCUUUGACUCUUUUUUAUUUUGGCAAGUAGUUUACUCGCAGCACUGUACAUUGAAACGUAAUCUGAU